AUCAUCAACAUAGAAUUCAAAAAUGAAUUAUUAACUUUUGAUGAUCUUGGAAUAGGAGAAACUGUUAUAUUGCCAUACCUGGUACCAAGAAGACAUCAUCUUCUUCUCAUUUAGGUGAUGCAAAGGGGAGAAUCCGACAGUCUGAGCAGUAUGAGGAAGCUGCCACUGGGCCAGACAUGAAGGUUUAUAGUGGAAAGGGAAAGGUUGAUGAUGUCUUGUUUGAAGGAGCUGGUGACGGUGAGGAGAAACAUCAGAGAAGAGGGUUGAACAGGAACACACAGAACCAGAAUCUUGUUCAUAAUUCAGAGGAAGAAAAUGAAAUUCCCAUCAUUCAUUGGUGCAAGAAAUUGAAAAGUACGCAAAGAGUAGAAAUUUGCAAGUUUGAUGAUGCAAAUUCUAAAGAGGUUGAUGUGCCAUGAAAUGAAAGGGUUAGGUUUUAUACAUCUGACGCUAGACCAUGAUAAUGAAAUAAUUAGUUAAGAAAAAAUAAGUUGAGCAAACUUCAUUAAACUCGAAAACAAUGUUUCAUAGGAUUUGGGUUUUCUUAUCAUGUUAAAUAAAUUUGAUUUUGUGAAGGUGAAUUUGUUAUAAAUUUGGUAUUGUUUU